GGGCUGGCAGCUCCCUGCUUGCGAUGAGUGGGCAUUUCAGCUCAGACGUAUCACUAACGCAAACAGCUGCCAUUCCCCCUCCGCAGCUCCAGCCUCCAUUUUCUUUGUAAAUCUCCUUUCCUCUGUCUCUCCCUCCCAUUCUAUGUGGAUCAUCUUUCUUUCCUCCAUUUAUUCUUUUUUUUUUUAUUGGGGGGUUUAUCUGCAAUUCCAUUGCCUCCUAAUUCUUAUGUUGCUUUGAACUGAUUGUCCCCCCCUCCCAGGGAUGAGAAUUUGCAAGAUGGUCAGGGUAGCGAGUGUCCUGGGGCUGGUGAUGCUGAGUGUUGCUCUCUUAAUAUUAUCUCUCAUCAGUUAUGUCUCCUUGAAGAAAGAGAAUAUUUUUACUACCCCAAAAUAUGCCAGCCCUGGGGGGCCGAGAAUGUACAUGUUCCACGCAGGAUUCCGAUCUCAAUUUGCCAUGAAGUUCUUGGACCCUUCUUUUGUCCCGAUUACAAACUCUCUCACACAAGAAUUGCAAGAAAAACCUGCCAAGUGGGUAUUCAACAGGACAGCAUUUGCACGGCAAAAGAGAGAGAUUCUUCAGAAUGUUGAUGUGAUCAGAAACUUCUCUCUGACCAAGAACAGUGUAAGGACUGGACAGCUGAUGCAUUAUGAUUAUUCCAGCCAUAAGUAUGUGUUUUCUAUCAGCAAUAACUUCAGAUCGCUGCUUCCAGAGACAUCGCCCAUAGCGAAUAAGCAUUACAACAUUUGUGCCGUGGUAGGAAACAGUGGAAUACUUACGGAAAGUCAGUGUGGAUCAGAAAUAGACAAGUCGGACUUCGUGUUUCGUUGCAACUUUGCCCCGACCGAGGCUUUCCAAAAAGAUGUUGGAAAGAAAACCAACCUAACAACUUUUAACCCCAGCAUCCUCGAAAAGUAUUACAACAAUCUGUUAACCAUACAAGAUCGCAACAAUUUUUUCUUGAAUUUAAAAAAACUUGACGGUGCCAUUUUGUGGAUCCCGGCUUUUUUCUUCCACACGUCAGCGACGGUCACAAGAACGUUGGUCGACUUUUUUGUCGAACACAGGGAGCAGCUGAAAGUUCAGUUAGCUUGGCCUGGAAAUAUAAUGCAACAUGUCAACAGGUAUUGGAAAAACAAGCAUUUAUCUCCAAAAAGAUUGAGCACGGGCAUUUUAAUGUAUACCCUGGCUUCCUCGAUUUGUGACGAAAUUCAUUUGUAUGGAUUCUGGCCGUUUGGAUGGGAUCCCAACACAGGAAAGGAUCUCCCGUACCACUACUACGACAAAAAAGGGACCAAAUUUACAACAAAAUGGCAGGAAUCCCACCAGCUGCCCGCCGAGUUUAAAUUGCUCUACAAAAUGCACAGAGAAGGACUGACCAAGUUGACAUUGUCACAUUGUGCCUAAGAACAAACAUGUAAAGUGCCAAGUGUUAUUAAAGUGCCCAAAAUGUAAUUGAAUAUUCUUCUGAAACUAUCAGUAUGUACUUCAUGACCUAGAAUGUACGUUAUUUUAUCUGUCUGUAGCUGGGUCAGCCAACCUGUCGCUCUUGGCUAAGGAUCUACAAUUCUCAUAUUCCGGGGUCAACAGCGAUGUUUUCUUUGACUAUAAUACUUUUGAUGCUUUAUCAGCCAUAUUCCAAUAAUGAAUUUC